AUGGUCAUUGUUUCAGACAGAGCAUUGUCCAUUGAAAAUGCUUGUGUGAAUGUGCUUCCAUGGGUCACUAGAGGAAUAUGCUACUACCAUCUUCAGCAAAAUAUUAUCAAGACAUAUGGUGGUAAGGAGCUUAUGUAUCUGGUUAAAGGAGCUGCUUAUGCCCACACUCUAGCUGAAUAUAAUCGGUGCAUGGACUCACUAAGAGCUGCGCACCCAGACCUCGCAGCAUACAUGGAGUUGGCCGACCCUAAUGAUGUACUCAAUAUUUACAUCAUUUAG